CUUUUCCUCACUUCCUUCUCUUCCAUUUUCCGUCCUCAACCCCCCUCUCCUCGUCCCGUCUUUCCGUCUCUCGAAUCUCGGCUCUUUUUCGUUGUUUGCGCGGCGUCCUGUGUGAUCCUCUCGACUCGACUUGACUUCGACAAAGGCUGUACCAUCUACAUACCGACUCGAUUUGCGGCUUCGCUCUCACAAAAGUCCCGUAUCUCUCUUCGUUCUUCGUUGCCCAUCCAUCACAGCUCCGGUCCCGGUCUCUGUGUCAUUACGAGUGAGUGUCCAGCUGCUCUUGGUUGCCACCAUCGUGCAUCGCCCGUUCUUCCAAAGACGGCGUUGUCAGGACGGCAAAGUCUUUUCACGCACA